AUGCCGGCGGUGCAGCAUCAACAGCGACUGCCUCCUGUCUACGAAGCUGGAGAUCACGAGUUUUCAGACGCCGACCUUCACUACAUCUCACAGGAAACGUCAUUGUAUAUCAUUUCCGAACAUAGCUAUGUGCCUUCAUUGAUCAGAGCCCCUUGCGAGCGCGACAAUAGCUGCGCGAACCAACAACCACACCGCAUUGGCACAUCACUACGCCUCUCAACACAACGAAGACCACCCCGACCGCUCAUGGCCACCCUCACCUACGCCCAAGAUGCCCAGCAAACUUUUGGCGCACCGCCUGGCAGCCCGCCUGACCUCACAAACUCCAAGUCGUCCAAGUCGUCAAGCAUCCAUUCGUCAACUCUCCUAGACUUCAUGGGCACAACGGAGAACCUCUCCCACUUUGAGGAUAUUAACCUAGACGAAGCAUCAGCCCCACGAGCCUCUCUUUCCACCAGGAGCCUCCCGCAUUCACAUUCGGCCCACUCCUUCCGCGACCUGACCGGCGCAACCAAGCCAAAGUACCCGAGCUUGAAGGGCCCGGUCAACCAUGCUGUGCGACAGCAGGCCCAGCUGUCCGCCCCAGGGAAGCAGCAAGCUAGGAGAGGCUUCACUUCGCCGUCUGUCCCAUCGCUCUCCAGCCUGAGCCUCGCUGCACCCCAACGCUCUUCCCGAUCACCAUCCCCAUCAAGCACACACAAAUCCGCCUCGGGGCCGCGCACACUAUCUCGCAAGAGCUCUCGGAGUGAUGUUUUGCCGUCGCCAGGGUUGGGCUCAAGGAGGCCGUCAUGGCAGGACUCCAAAAGAAAAACUGUAAAGGAAAGGGAGGCCGAGUGCGAUGAUGAAGAUGACGAGCUUCCCGAGGAUGCUGUUAUCUGGAAUAUCCCCAUCUCGCCACGCCCCACGAUGGAUCGAUCAUCAGAGUCCUGGGUUGGCGAGAGCCCGCCUUUGGCGUCGCCCAAUCCCGACGCGUUAAUAUCGUCGUCUUCGAGGUCUUCGAGGACUUCUCCCGCACCUUCCGUAUCGCGUGUCUCCCAGAGAACUCCUUCUCCCAACGUUUCUAGCAGAGGCGUAUCUCCACAGUCAGCGACACAGCCGAACACGUGGGCAGAGACGUACACCGCAUUAGAUACGGAUGCCAAAUUCCUUACUGGAAAACUGGAGGAGUUUCAAUCUGAGAAUGAGCGAAAGCAAGAAAUUUCGAGACAACAGCCCGGUCUUACACGAUCAGCAUCCUUGAGCCAGCCUGAACCGAAGAGCAAAAAGCCGGCUCUCCCACCUGUCCGUAAGAGCGAUCCUCUAAUCGAUCCGUUCCAGCCGUCGGUUGAGAAGCAGAAGUACCUCUCGCGGACCCGACCUUCGUGGCUUCCACCCAAAAAUCCCAAGGAAGAGAAGAAGCACCUUAAGGAGUACCAGCGCAUGUUGGCUCGCAUUGAGGAAGCUGAACGUCUCGAGGCUCAACGUGCUCAAGAAGAAGCGAUAGCUCGUGAAAAGGCCUCCCGCGUCAAGGCAGAAUACUGGUCGAGCCUACUUUUACCAAACUGGGCCACCGAGAUGACAAAUUCCGAGCUCCGUGCCUCGCACAGGAAGAUGUGGUGGAACGGCAUUCCUCCACGGUUGCGAGGUCAGGUCUGGCAGAUGGCGAUUGGAAAUGAUCUUGAGGUUACGGAAGCGACCUACAACAUUGCCUUGGAGAAAGCACGCAAAGAAGUCAAGACGCAUGGCCACGAAGCGCUCGGAGGCCGCUAUGUCUACAUUGUCGAAAGCACCCAAGCAGUGUUCCCUGAUCUCAAGAUGUUCGCCGCACGAACGUCACAGGAGGCAGAGGACGAGCAACCGCUACACCAGGACCUCGUCGACAUAUGUCUAGCCUACUCGAUGUACCGCCCGGACAUUCCACACUCAAAGUUCGACAUACAUCACAUCGCCGCAUUGCUCCUGUUGAAUCAAGCCGCGCCACAAGCUUUUGUCGCCCUGUGCAACCUCCUCAACCGUCCGCUACCCCUGUCCUUCCUCAUCCACGAUCAAAACGCCAUACAUGCCGCCUACUCCACAACACUUCACGUCUUGGCGAAGAAAGCGCCUAGUCUGGCUCAACGACUAGAGACGUUACGUGUUGAGCCCAGAGAUUAUCUGUUCCACACACUGGGCUCCUUAUUCUGUGGCCGUCUGGGCGUCGAGCAUGCCGCGCGCAUAAUGGACAUAUACACGAUCGAAGGCGACAAGAAUCUUCCACGGGCCGCAGUCGCCAUACUCAGCAUACUAGAGGGCAGCUGCAUGGAGGGCGACGCGGCGCAGGUUGCAAAAACACUACGGGAGAAGAAGAUUGACCUUGACGUCGACGACUUCAUGACCAAGGUUUUUGAGGCGGGCAAGAGCUCGUAG